GAGAACAGAGGUGCUGGGCCACAGCACCAGGAGCCUUUGAAGCUGCGGGCUGAGUCCCCAGGGCCAGGGUCAGGCCAGGUCACCAGCGUCGUCGCGGGCAGGCCCACAGCAUGAAUGGCCCCGCACUCCUGAGGAGAAAUGCUAGCAAACGGGGCCUGGAGAAGCUCCUGAGACUCACGACUCAGUGGAGAGAAGAAGAUGAAGAAGAGGCUGCCCGUGAGCAGCGUCAACGGGAGCGAGAGAGGCAGCUGCAGGACCACGACAAAGAUGAAGAUGAAGAUGAAGGCGGUCAUUCUCUGGAACAGCCAGGACAGCAGGCACCCCCCAGCCUGAAGUCCUCUGAACUGGAUGAAGAUGAGGGGUUUGGUGACUGGUCCCAAAAGUCAGAGCCACAGCAGCAAUUCUGUGGGAACGAGGGGACUGCAGAGGGAGCUGAGCUCUCUCAAAGUGAGAGUACAGAGGAGAAACAAACAGAGGAGAGGUCUCACCAAGCCGAAGUCCACCUGGAGGAGUUGAACCUGAGCCAUGGGGAGCCAAACCCAGAGGAUACUGUUGGGAGUUCUGGUGGGGCAGAAGAGCACAUAACAAGUCAUCAGGCCAGGACCCCCAGCCCUUUGGCCUUGGAAGACACUGUUGAACUGAGUUCACCUCCACUGAGCCCCACCACCAAACUGGCCGAUAGGACGGAGUCCCUGAACCGUUCCAUACAGAAAAGCAACAGUGUGAAGAAGUCCCAGCCAACACUGCCCAUUUCCACGAUCGAUGAGCGCCUGCAACAGUACACCCAGGCCACUGAGUCUGCUGGCCGAACUCCCAAGCUGUCCCGCCAGCCCUCCAUAGAGCUGCCCAGCAAGGCCGUGGCCAGUACCAAGACUCUUUGGGAGACAGGAGAGGUGCAGAAUCAGUCUGCUUCCAAGACAUCCUCCUGCCAGGAUAUUAUAGCUGGAGAUAUGAGCAAGAAAAGCCUGUGGGAACAGAAAGAAGGCUCCAAGACCUCAUCCACCAUCAAGUUCUCAUCUAACAGAGCACUCCAUCUGGAAAGAGGUACAAGUUUGUGGCCACUGGACAUGGGAAGUAUGAGAAAGUGCUUGUGGAUGAGGGCUCAGCGCCAUAGACCAUGUAUGCAUCUUGGAGAGACUCCAGCCAGAUGCCGCUCCGAGCCAUGACCAAGAAAUCACUUCCUAUUGCCAGUGUCCUGCUCUUGUGCCUCCAACAACCCAGCUGCCAUUUGCCCCUUUUUUUGCUCCUGGACCCUCCAUUUUCUAUUUUCUCUUAGCCUCAUGAUCAGUCCACCAACUCUGCCUCUCACAGUCAGCUAAAGGCACCACUCCCUAGAGGAACCAAGAGCUGCCAAGGAAAGAUGGAGAAGAGAAGGCAAGCAUUCCAACCAGAUCCAAGGGGUACCUGUCCCCAUGCUGAAUGCUCAGGACUCUGAGUCCUGCCAUGCCCUGUUUUCAGAUCCCUCAUUUUGUGUAAUAAAGUACCUUGAGUCCCCCA